CCUCUGCAGAAUAAACAGGUAGACCUGAAAGUGAAAGUGAAAGUCAGUCUCCAUUUAGUGUGGAGGGAAAAUAAACUAUUUCAGGAGUAAAAACACAGGUUUGAUUUAACACACCGAUGUUGGAGUGAAGUAAACGUGUGUCCUGCUGUAAUCUGGAGAAGGAGACAUGACCUCCAACACGAGUGUGUCUGGAAAACAGGACUUAAAGAGAGACGAGAGAAUGAUGGAGGGAAAGAGAUCAGACUCACCAGAACCCAGCUGUGUGUCCAUGAAGAGUGACCAGUCAAUGGGACGUCCACUUAACUUCAGAGAUGGAGCCAGUUCUCCUGAUGUGAGACCACAACAGAAAAAAUCAAACCUCAGCAGAAACCAGUUGGACUCCAUAUUCAAGGAGCUGGAACACAAAGUCAUCACUCUGAUAAAGACUGAGCUGAAGAGGUUAAGGAAGCUCCUGAGUCCAGAUUACCCAGCAUGCACUGAGAGGGAGGUGGAGGAUGAGGAGGAUCUGCACAGUGUCAGAGACGGAGCGCUGAAGAUCACACUGCACGUCCUGAAGAACAUGAACCACACAGAUCUCGCUAACACACUGUACAACAAGUCUGUAGCCCCUGUGUAUCAGACAAAGCUGAAAUCCAGCCUGAGAGAGAAGUUUAAAAGAAUUAAUGAAGGAAUGUCACAGCAUGGAAGCUCAGCACUUCUGAAUGAGAUCUACACAGAGCUCUACGUCACAGAGGGUUGGAGUGGAGACGUCAAUAAUGAACAUGAGGUGAGACAGAUUGAGACAGCGUCCAGGAGACCAGCAACACAGGAGACACCCAUCAAAUGUAAUGAUCUCUUUAAAGACAAGUCCAUCAGAAGAGUGCUGACUAAAGGAGUUGCUGGAAUUGGAAAAACAGUCUCUGUGCAGAAGUUCAUUCUGGACUGGACUGAAGGAAAAGCAAAUCAGGACGUCACCUUCAUCAUGUUUCCACUUCCCUUUAGAGAGCUGAAUCUGAUGAAGCAGAAAAAUCUCAGUCUGAUGAAUCUUCUUCAUCACUUUUUCCCAGAAAUGAGAAAACUACAAUUAAUAGACUCCUACAAAGUGGUGUUGAUCUUUGAUGGUCUGGAUGAGUGUCGACUCCCUCUAAAUUUCCAGAAGAAUGAGAGAUUGUGUGAUGUGACAGAGUCAACCUCAGUGGAUGUGCUGCUGACAAACCUCAUCAAGGGGAAUCUGUUUCCCUCUGCUCUCCUCUGGAUAACCUCUCGACCAGGAGCAGCCAAUCAGAUCCCUCCUGAGUGUGUAGACCAGGUAACAGAGGUACGAGGGUUCAGUGAUCCUCAGAAAGAGGAGUACUUCAGGAAGAGGAUCAGUGACCAGAGCCUGGCCAAUAAAAUCAUCUCACACAUGAAGUCUUCAAGAAGCCUCUACAUCAUGUGCCACAUCCCAGUCUUCUGCUGGAUCUCAGCCACUGUUCUAGAGAGAAUUCUUGGUGAAGCAGAGAGUGGAGAGAUCCCCAAGACUCUGACUCAAAUGUUCACACACUUCCUGAUCUUUCAGAUCAAACACAAGGACCAAAAGUACCAUCAGAAAUGUGACCCUGAUCCUCAGCAGACCAGAGCGAGUAUCCUGGCACUGGGAAAACUGGCUUUCCAACAGCUGGAGAAAGGAAACCUCAUCUUCUAUGAGGAAGACCUAAGAGAGUGUGGCAUUGAUGUCAGAGACGUGUCAGUGUACUCAGGAGUGUGUACCCAAAUCUUCAGAGAGGAGUUUGGGCUUCACCUGGGGAAGGUGUUCAGCUUUGUACAUCUGAGUGUUCAGGAGUUUCUGGCUGCUUUAUACGCAUUUCUCUCCUUCAUCAGCAGAAAUGUAACAGAACAACCAACCACUGAUCUGUCUGAUCUUCUCAACAAGUCAGACAUGUCUGAUCUCCUCAGGAGUGCAGUCCUCCGCUUCCUUCUGGGUCUCUCACUGGAGUCCAAUCAGACUCUCUUACGAAGCUUAAUGCCACAGACAGGAAGCAGCUCUCACAGCAAACAGGAAACAGUCGAGUACAUCAAGGAGAAGAUCAGGGAGAAUCCAACUCCAGAGAAAUCCAUCAAUCUGUUCCACUGUCUGAAUGAACUGAAUGAUCAUUCUCUAGUGCAGGAAGUACAAACAAACCUGAACAGUGGAGAUAUCUGGUGUCUCAGGGGAACCAGACUCUCUCCUGCUCAGUGGUCAGCUCUGGUGUUUGUGUUACUGAACUCAGAUCAGGAGCUGGAUGAGUUUAAUUUGAGUAAAUAUGACCCAUCAGAGGAAUGUCUUCUGAAGCUGCUGCCAGUGGUCAAAGCCUCCAGAAGAGCUGAGCUGGGGGGGUGUGAUCUGACAGAGGAAAGCUGUAGAGUUCUGUCCUCAGUUCUCAGAUCAAACUCCUCCAGACUGAGAGAACUGGACCUGAGUCACAAUAACCUGCAGGAUUCAGGAGUGAAGCUGCUCUCUGCUGGACUGGAGAAUCCACACUGUACACUGGAGACACUGAGUCUGUGUGUGUGUAAUCUAACAGAUGAAAGCUGUAGAGUUCUGUCCUCAGUUCUCAGAUCAAACUCCUCCAGACUGAGAGAACUGAACCUGAGUAACAAUAACCUGCAGAAUUCAGGAGUGAAGCUGCUCUCUGCUGGACUGGAGAAUCCACACUGUACACUGGAGAUACUGAGGCUGUGUGUGUGUAAUCUAACAGAGGAAAGCUGUAGAGUUCUGUCCUCAGUUCUCAGAUCAAACUCGUCCAGACUGAGAGAACUGAACCUGAGUGUCAAUAACCUGCAGGAUUCAGGAGUGAAGCUGCUCUCUGCUGGACUGGAGAAUCCACACUGUACACUGGAGAUACUGAGUCUGAAUGUGUGUAAUCUGACAGAGGAAAGCUGUAGAGUUCUGUCCUCAGUUCUCAGAUCAAACUCGUCCAGACUGAGAGAACUGAACCUGAGUGACAAUAACCUGCAGGAUUCAGGAGUGAAGCUGCUCUCUGCUGGACUGGAGAAUCCACACUGUACAUUGGAGAUAAUGAGGAUGUUGAACUGCAGUAUUACAGAUGAAGGUUGUGCUGCUCUGGCUUCAGCUCUGAGGUCAAACUCCUCAUCACACCUGAGAGAACUGAAUCUGAACGGUAAUAAUCCAGGAGAAUCAGGAGUGAAGCUGCUCUCUGAUCUACUGAAGGAUCCACACUGUAACCUGGAGACACUACGGAUAAUAAACUCACCAGGACGGCGUAUGACAGGAGUCUCAACUCAAACUUCUCCAGGAUAAAGCAGUCUUGGUGAAGAGUUAGAACCCGUCCCACAUUUCCAGCAGUUUGGGAGCUGAUUCAUUAAACUUAAAGGGGCAGAGCAGAAACAAAGUCAAGAACAGGCAGGAAGUCAUACACAGGAGAAAUCAACACACGUAACUGAUCUGCUGACGGAUGGGAUGGAUGCAACGGCAUCGAUCUGCUGCUGGGAUGGAGACUGACGAGGCUUAAGUACUCACCCGGAAAUGUACAGCCAACUCCUCCCAAAGCACGAGGCCGCUGCAGGUAUGUACAAGAUGUGAUCAUCCAAUGGCAAGCCGGAACAUGACAAAAGGAGACAAAAGACACCCAUCGCACCCCGACAAAGACACACAAAUGGCACACAGUACAAACAGAAAUACAACUGAGGGCGUAACAAUGGUCAAGUAUCAAAUAAAAUGUAAACUUGCAUUGAUGAA